AUUUGUCGACGCUCCCUUCGCACUCCUGACGUGAGUGGAAAUUGUCAGACGGUCCCUGAGCGGGUGGGAGUUUCUCCUGUUUUCUGAUACAAAAAAAAAAAAAAAAAAAUCAGCAGCAUCUUUAACCACAAGCAGCAGACUGCAGCUGUCAGGACGCCCAUGAGAUAUGAUGCGGUCCUGAUGGCGCAGUCAGAGCCGUUUGAAAUGAGGGUGUCCCCUGCUGAGGCACAGCCCGUGGAGUUGGGUGCCAUGAGUUUCCUGGAGACGUUCGGGGAGGAGAACAGCACGGCGGAGCGAUGCUUCCACGCGCACUCUCGCAGCAGCGUCCUCCAGGGUCUGCCAUUCGGUGGAGUGCCCACAGUCCUUUUCAUAAACGUGCUGCUUUGGAUGUUGCUACUGCUCAUCUUUUCUUGUCUGAGGAAGGCAGCGUGGGACUACGGCCGCCUGGCUCUGCUCAUGGAGAACGACAGCCUCACAUCCCUGUUUUAUGGGGAACCGAGUGAAAAGGAGAAGUCUCCUUCAGAAUCCAGCCCCUCAGACUCCGAGACUAAAGAUAUGGGCUUCUGCUCGUGGCUUUCCUCGCUUUACCAUAUGAAUGAUGACGAGAUCCGUAGCAAAUGUGGCGUCGACGCGGUCACAUACCUGUCCUUCCAGCGCCACAUCAUGCUGCUCAUGACCAUGGUGGCCCUGCUGUCUUUGGCCGUAAUCCUCCCGGUCAACUUUUCCGGGAACCUCCAGGGAGACAGUCCCGAAAACUUGGGGAGAACAACUCUGGCUAACGUUAGUGCAAAGGACAACUUUCUUUGGCUGCACAGCAUCUUCGCUCUGGUUUACUUCAUCAUCACUGCGCUGGGCAUGGCUCACCACUCCAUGAGGCUGGAAUGCAGAGGAGAUGAAAAGAUAUCCAGGACACUGAUGAUCACGUCCAUCCCCAGAGAGAUCUCCGACCCGGGACUCAUCACCAAACACUUCCAUGAGGCCUACCCCAGCUGCACCGUCACCGACAUCCGCUUCUGCUUCGACGUCCACAAGCUGAUGAAGCUGGACCUGGAGCGGCGCAAAGCGAUGAAGGGCAGGUUGUAUUUUGCUACAAAGGCCCAAAAGGAGGGGAAGGUCAUGAUCAAUACCCAUCCAUGCGCCCAGAUGUUCUGCUGUGACAUCUGUGGCUUUGAAAAGGUGGACGCAGAACAGUACUACAGCGAGCUGGAGGAGAAGCGCACGGACGAGUUCAACGCGGAGAAGAACCGCAUCUCCAUGAAGAGGCUGGGGAUCGCCUUCGUGACGUUUCGAGAUGAGAGGAUGACAGCCGUCAUCGUCAAAGACUACGGCCGCGUGCGGUGUCGUCGCAGACCCCAACAAUCCAGCGUCACCACCGUGGUGCAGUCGCACAGAUGGGGCAUCAGCUACGCACCUGCUCCCAGUGACAUCAUCUGGGAGAACCUGUCGGUGUGCGGGUCCCGCUGGUGGCUCCGCUGUGUCCUCCUCAACAUCCUCCUCUUCCUGCUGCUCUUCUUCUUCACCACGCCCGCCGUCAUCGUCAACACCAUGGACAAGUUCAACGUCACGCGACCCGUGGAGAGUUUGAGGAGCCCAGUUGUUACCCAGUUCUUCCCAACUCUCCUGCUGUGGGCGUUUUCGGUGCUGCUGCCCUUCAUCGUUUAUUACUCGGCCUUCUUUGAGUCCCACUGGACCAGAUCUGUUGAGAACCAAGUGACGAUGCACAAGUGCUUUUUGCUGCUGGUGUUCAUGGUCAUCAUCCUCCCUUCACUUGGUCUAACGAGUCUGGAUCUUUUCUUCAACUGGCUCUUUGAUGUCAACUUUCUGGAAGAGAAGGAGAUCAAAUUCCAGUGUGUAUUUCUUCCUGACAACGGUGCGUUUUUUGUGAACUACGUCAUCACCUCCAGUUUGAUCGGCACAUCCAUGGAGCUGCUUCGGAUCCCGGCGCUGAGCGUCUACGCCCUUCGCCUUUGCUUUGCCAAGUCUCAGGCCGAGCGGAUUCAUGUGAAAAGGAGUCAAGCUUAUGAGUUCCAGUUUGGCCUGGAGUAUGCCUGGACCAUGUGCAUCUUUGCUGUCAGUAUGACCUACAGCAUCACAUGUCCCAUCAUUACGCCCUUUGGUCUGCUUUACGUGAUCUUGAAGCACAUGGUUGAUCGCUACAACAUCUACUACGCAUACGUUCCCACCAAGCUCAACCAGAAGAUCCACAGGGCAGCCAUCAGCCAGGUCAUCGUGGCGCCGAUCCUCUGCAUGUUCUGGCUGCUCUUCUUCUCUGUGCUCAGAUUAGGUCCCGUCCACCCCAUCACCCUCUUCACAUUAGUGUCCCUUGUUUCCUGUGUUGCCUGUUCCGUUUUCCGCAUGUGCCUUAGGAAGACACCUGACAAGUCGACGAGCUACCAGAUGUCUGAUCAGCCAACCACAGGAACGUUCACUGAUGCAGACAGAAGCUCCGCGACCUCCACCACCGCCUCCAGCCUGUUCGUGGCGUCCGUUUUGCUGGAGCCGGAGCUGGCUUUAACGCCGAUGCCCUCCCCGGCUCACCAUGGAUACGGCGCCAUGACGAGCUCCCAGAGUUCCAGUCACGACCCGGUGACGGGAGCGGAGGCUGAGGAGGAACACACCCAAACUCACGAGACUGAGCUCCAAGACGCUGCACACCCUUACUGCUCCAGCCCACUCAUGAACAGCCCUGUUGGCUACCAGUGACACCAAAUCAGCCCCCAAAACUAAUAUCCACGUGUCUUUUGGACAAUUUAUUCAAUCCCGCAGUGUUGCAUUUUCACAACUGAGCUUAGACUCUUAAUUUAGCUGCUUGGGUUUGUUUGAGAAGAAGUCUGAGAACACAAGACUCAUCAGUCUCAAGAGACAUCAAACCAGUGUACAGAUUCCAGUUUAAUAAACAGGAGCUCCACGAAUCUGUUUUCAACAACCUCAUUUGCGAGUUAAACGGGUGAACUCAUUGACAGGGAGUCCAUGCUGCCUCCUAAAUGUGAACGGAGGUGAAAGUUCCCACUGGAGCGGGUGGUGUGAGCAGGCUCGCCCCGGCAGACUGGCAGUGGCCCGGCUAUGGGUGAUAUGUGCUUCCUCUGUGAGGGCAGCGAGUUGUGAAGCCAUCUGCAGCGAGAGAGCAGACA